GUGUGUGACACAGAGAGGAGGGAGCGCCGCUGAGUACAAAAGCAACAACCCCAGGUACAAGUCACACAGGUGGAGAGGAAGCCACAGGUUGGAGAGACUUACCUCAGAGGUACAAGGAAUAAUCAGAGGUACAAGGAAUAAGCAGAGGUACAAGCAGAGGAAUAAUCAGAGGAAUAAGCAGAGGAACAUGCCUCCCAAAAGACCCAGCAUAGUAUCAGACGGAGAAAUUAUUAAAGAAGGAACACUUAUAAAAUCCCCUCCCCCCUCAAUUGCGAAACGGUGGAGGAAACGCUUCUUUGUUCUGCGAAAAUAUGUGGGAGAAGCUUACACACUGAGUUAUUACUCCCUGGACAGAAUGAAUGAAGAACAGAAAGGCUCCAUCAAUAUGAGCGAGAUCAAGAAGGUAGAAAAAGGCUCCGAUUGCCCCAAGGAGGAACUUGCCUCGAUCCUGAAGUCCUGCAGGUGUAGCCCCGGGCAGGUGCUGGUGAUCCGCACGAAAAAACGUACCUACUUCCUCAUCACUGAUGACACUGAGGAGGAGAUUGACAGUUGGCAGAAGUGCCUGAGUCACAUUUUGUUCAACACUGAUAACAGGCCCUAUUCCUUCCCCAGAGACCACCCAAAUUCUGGGACAAUGAUGGAACAGGAGACUCAAAGGCAAAGAUCCAAAACCGACCCAUCAAUCCCAACCUCCUCGUAUCAGCCCUUUGAUUUCUACACUCCUCCCUUUCCCCUCCAGCAGGAGGAGGUAUCAAUGAGGGUCCUCAACCCGUCCGAUCCCCCCAAACGUACAUCAUCCGUGGUGAAUGGAGACCCUGUGUGCUUCUGCCCUUGUGCCCACCACUCGACAAAUAGGAAAGAGUCGAUACCACAAGCAGACUAUGACAGUGACAUUGGAAGUGACGACGAGUCCAUAUAUCAAGUCCCUCGGAAUAUAAUGCAGAGACUCAGUGGCCAUUCAGACUCUUCAGACCCUCAGGAAAUGAGUGAUAUAGAUCCAGACUUAGAUGAUAUCUACGAGCGAAUGUGUUCAAUAGUUCCACGAAAUACGAGUGAACAGAAGCCACAAGACGAGACCCCUGAGCCUGAACAGAAGACUGGGCAACCAAGGGGAGUCGAGGGCAGAGAACAAAUAAAAUAUGAACGGGUUGGUACCGACGGGCUACAGAACAAAGAAGUGACCGUCCCCACGGAACAUCUGCAGAAAUAUCUGGAUGUAGAAGAAGUUGGGGAGAGUCUCUACAUCUGCAGAUGGAACGGCCCAACAGAAAUAGGGUGCCUCUUUCGACACGGGGAUCAGAUUGACAUAGUGAAUGAAUUUAGGGUGAAAAGCCGGGAUGUGUUUCUGCAGAUGCUGAGCAACUCGGUACAAAGCACGGUGAAACUCAUUAUCAUUAGCGACCCCAGAGCGUCUGUAUUUCACGCGGAUGACUGUCAAUGUUGGGCAUCGUGAGAAGGUCGAGACGGGGGAAUGAAGUCCAGUGUCCAAGUUCAUGUCCACAAAGGGGCGUGGCCUAUUUCAGUUAACCAAUCAACAUUUGGAUCCUUGGCCGGUGUAAUGAAGAAGCUCCCUGAGUAUUUCAUCUUGGAGAAAGUUCCAGGGCCGUGUGCUGGGUCAUGUGAUGAACAUUCCUGUAGUCUGACUGGCUGAAAUGAUGGACCAAUCAGUUUUCAUUUUGUGCAAUGUGAAUAAUCAUUGGCUGCUGUGAAUUGAUGGUGGCUCCUACCCAUUAGGGAACCACCAGUGCCAGUUUUUGUCCAACUGCCAGCCAAGCACCAACCCAGCUGUAAUGAGGUUGCAUGGAAUGGGUGGGACUGGUGGCCCUGAAUAUCAUUUAAUCUUAGGGCCACUUCUAUAAUGUAAGUUCUGCUAUGCAGCGUAUAUAAUAAUCAUCAGAACCAAUGAUAUGAUCGGGUACAGAGAUGCUCUGUCAGGUAUCAGUACAUACACAUGUAUGUUCCUCGUUAAUGUUUAUACAUGUUACUUGUGUAUUUUUAUAUUUGUAAAUCUGUGUUAAAGGGGAAAUUAACCCCUAGGCUUGUCUGCCCCCCCCCUCCCCAAACUCCCUGCAAACAAGCCUCAUGUACAUAUAAUAUUGAAUAAUUGUUACAUUGUCUUUUUUCCCCUAUAACAAGACUACUACUUUACUGUUCCUAGCGGGGAUAGUACAGCGCCACCAAUGGACACAACAAUAAGAAGCAGUCAAAGGCUAUUUCCCUAAACAAUGUAUCAGCUACACUUCCCCUUUAAACUUGUCCCUCAACUGCUUCUGGAGAGAUUGUCCAGGCAUGUCGGGAGUUAAACUCCCCACCCCCUUUCACUAACAAAGCAGCACCCCUGGGGUGAUCCGAAAGUAACUGCACUUUAUCCAGAACAGUCCGCUCUGCACUUGCAACACACAUGUAAUAAACCUUUUGUAUGUGAUAUAUAUACCCCUUGUAUGUGGUUAAUAUAUUCUUUGUAUGUGAUGUAUAUACCCCUUGUAUGUGGUUAAUAUAUUCUUUGUAUGUGAUGUAUAUACCCCUUGUAUGUGGUUAAUAUAUUCUUUGUAUGUGAUGUAUAUACCCCUUGUAUGUGGUUAAUAUAUUCUUUGUAUGUGAUGUAUAUACCCCUUGUAUGUGGUUAAUAUAUUCUUUGUAUGUGAUGUAUAUAUCCCUUGUAUGUGGUUAAUAUAUUCUUUGUAUGUGAUGGACAUACCCCUUGUAUGGAGAUAUUCUUCCAGCGCUUAAUAAAUCACUUUUAUACCUACA